CCUUGACAGACCCUUCCCGGCCUCCUCCACGACGGCCCCCGUCGACGAAGACGCCGUCCUGGCUGCCUUCGACGCAGACUGUGCUCACGUGACCGCGGUCCUCGCCGCUCGCACUGAUAACAGCGGGCGGUGAGUGACAGAAAGCGGAAGGGAGAAAGGAAGAGGCAGGAAGAAAGGCUGCUGUUAAAGAGGGGGGAGGCAGGAGAAGACGUGCUCUGCACAGGACACGAGAGUGGACAGGUGACAGCAGCAAGACACAGAACACAGAUUGAAGAUGAGGUACGUGCAUGAAGCGGCUUGCCGCCGGCGCAGAGACGAAGCGCCACCAGUCGCCGCCGACUGAAUACUGACACGGAUUGUGCAGCUCGUCGAAACGGAGAAUCGAGCUAGACGUAAUGAAGCUCCUCAUGAGCAGCGAUUUCAAGGCGUCGCUCAUCGACGACAACUUGAAGGAGCUAUGCGUGUGUCUGGAGGGCCCGCGGGACACGCCGUACGAGGGCGGCCUCUGGAAGGUGCACGUCGAGCUCCCGGAGCAGUACCCGUACAAGUCGCCGUCGAUUGGGUUCGAGACGAAGAUCUUCCACCCGAACAUCGAUGAGCAGUCCGGCUCCGUGUGCUUGGACGUGAUCAACCAGACGUGGUCGCCCAUGUUCACGAUCACACACAUCUUCGAAACGUUCAUUCCGCAGUUGCUCAACUACCCGAACGCCGCCGACCCGCUCAACGGCGACGCCAGCUCCCUCUACCUGAGCAACAAGGCGCUCUACGAGGACAAGGUUCGCACGUAUGUGCGCAAGUACGCCAACCGCAGCGAUGUGUUGCGCCAGUUCAACGAGGAGAUGGGGCUCGAGCCUGACUCGGACGACGAGGCCUCUGGCGCCGUGGGCGCCGCCCACGAGAGCGUGUCUGGGCAGGCGGCCGGCGAAGCGGACGCCGUUCGUGCAGAGCCCCACGGCGACAAAGGCGGCGACGGCAACGACGUGGACCUCGACGACGACCUCGACGAUGACUUGAGCAGCGUCGACAUGAACGACGAUGACGACCUGGACAUGGACCUAUGACCUGUCAGCCAUGAGGUUUUGUUCUCCCUUGUCUCUCCUUUCCUUUCUCUUUCUCCCUUUUCCGGUCUCCCUUUUCCUCCCCUCUUCCCCCUUUUUUUCUCUUUUCCACCCCCUUUCUUUCUUUCACUUCCACGUCGCCUAAUGACCCAUUUCCACACAGUCCUGGUAUACCUCCACAUUUAUAACCCCUCCUUAUCUUACUUAUAUCGUAACCUUAGCACAUCUCCGAC